ACCGUCACAAGCAAACAUCCCGCCUCAAUCAUCUUAUCCCCCCAGCCAUCACCAGACAGGCCCACACAAUGAUCCCGCUCAGGACUCCUCUACAGCGCGCUCUCCUGUGCUCAGCAGGUACCGGUAUAGUGCCGAGACGCCAUAUCACCGUCUUCGGCUACACACAAGCCAAAGCCCUGAUUUUUUCGGACCACGGACAGCCAAAGGAUGUCUUGAAGCAAGUCCCCCGAUACUACAGGGAAAAGGCAAAACAAGUGCUGAAAACUAGAGCAGACUCCAUUCACACUCCAUCUCCCCAGCCUACGGUGACGAAAUCACUGUCCGCUUUCUCGCCGCGCCGAUCAAUCCGGCAGACAUAAACCAAGUAGUGCCCCGUUUCCCACUCCCCCCUCCCCCUCCUACAACGGCUGAGAACCCAAGAUCGAAGGUGUCUACCCCUCAAAACCCGCCUUCACCACGGCCCUCGGCACGCUCAUACCCCACGCAGUCCCGGGUAACGAAGGCGCCGUGCAAGUCCUCUCCAUUGGCUCGUCAGUGACCGGCUUUGCACCGGGCGAUGUGGCAAUAAUGAGACACACCGCGUUCGGCACAUGGCGCACCCACGCCACCGCGCGCUCCUCGGACCUCCUGAAAAUACCGAAAUCCCCAUCAAUCAUCACACCGCUGCAGGCGGCCACUGUGUCCGUGAAUCCCUGUACGGCGUACCGUCUGCUGAAAGACUUUGUCCCGCUGCAGCCGGGUGAGUGGUUCGUUCAGAACGCGGCGAAUUCGGGAGUGGGUAGGGCCGCGUUGCAGUUCGGGAGGAUUUGGGGGUUGAAGAGCGUUAAUGUUGUUAGGCAUAGGGAAGGGGUUGAGGAGCUGAAGAGGGAAUUGAGAGAGUUAGGAGGAGGAGGGGAGGCCGGGACUGUGGUUCUUACGGAUCAGGAGUUGGGGGAUCCGGAGAGGCGGAAGGAGGUUGUUGAAAGGAUGGACGGGAAGGGGGCGAUGUUGGGGUUGAACUCUGUGGGUGGGAAAGCGGGGAUUGACCUUUGCAAGUUGCUCGAGUAUGUCCCCCCCCCUCCCUCCUCUCCCUUCAUUCAAGAUGAUUCCUGAUGAUUCGCACAGCACCGGCGGACAUCUAGUAACCUACGGCGCCAUGUCCAAGAAGCCCCUCACCCUAGGUGCGAGCCUCCUAAUAUUCAAGGACCUACACUUCCACGGGUUCUGGGUCUCGCGGUGGUCGGACCGGCACCCUGCGGAGAGGGAAGCCAUGCUCGAAGAGAUAUUCCGCUACAUCGCGUCCGGAGAGCUCAAAGAUGCGCCGAUGGAAAUCACGGUCUGGAAGCGAGAUACCAAUGGGGAGGAACUCAGAGCUGCCAUAGAACGCAGUGUACAGGGCUUUGGCGGGAAGAAGCAGAUUUUUGUGUUUGAAGAUGAGUAGCGGUAGGCCCAGGGUAGGAUGGGUUGAGGUAGUGGUUAUAUAUGAUAGACUAAUAUUGAAUAUCCCGGAUUCGUGGGAGCGGUUCAGUU